CCCACACACACUCUCAUCGCUCAUCAGUCAUCACACUCUUCUUCUACUUCUUGCCUUGGCUUUAUCGAGAAAAACAGAAUGAGAGAGAUUCUUCACGUUCAAGGAGGUCAAUGCGGGAACCAGAUCGGUUCCAAGUUCUGGGAAGUCAUCUGCGACGAGCACGGCAUCGAUCCCACCGGCAAGCACCAGGCCCCGGCCGACGCCAACGACGCCGCCAUCUCCGACCUCCAGCUUGAGCGCAUCAACGUCUACUACAAUGAGGCUUCAGGAGGCAGGUUUGUCCCCAGGGCUGUUCUCAUGGAUCUCGAGCCCGGAACCAUGGACAGCAUCAGAUCCGGUCCAUUCGGUAAGGUCUUCCGUCCCGAUAACUUCGUUUUCGGACAGUCCGGCGCCGGUAACAACUGGGCGAAAGGUCAUUACACUGAAGGCGCUGAGUUAAUCGAUUCCGUUCUCGAUGUUGUUCGCAAAGAAGCCGAGAACUGCGACUGCUUGCAAGGUUUCCAAGUUUGUCACUCACUUGGAGGAGGCACGGGUUCUGGCAUGGGAACACUCUUAAUAUCCAAGAUCAGAGAAGAGUAUCCAGACAGAAUGAUGCUCACGUUCUCCGUUUUCCCUUCACCAAAGGUAUCUGACACCGUUGUAGAGCCAUACAAUGCUACAUUAUCCGUUCACCAACUCGUGGAGAACGCAGAUGAAUGCAUGGUUCUUGACAAUGAAGCACUUUAUGACAUCUGCUUCAGGACUCUCAAACUCACCACUCCUAGUUUUGGCGAUCUGAACCAUCUGAUUUCUGCAACUAUGAGCGGUGUGACCUGUUGCUUGAGGUUCCCUGGACAACUGAAUUCUGACCUGAGGAAGCUGGCCGUGAACCUUAUCCCAUUCCCUCGUCUCCACUUCUUCAUGGUGGGGUUUGCACCUCUCACCUCUCGCGGCUCUCAGCAGUACGUCUCCCUCACCGUCCCAGAACUCACACAGCAAAUGUGGGACGCCAAGAAUAUGAUGUGCGCCGCUGAUCCCCGCCACGGUCGGUACCUCACCGCAUCAGCCAUGUUCAGGGGAAAGAUGAGUACAAAAGAGGUGGAUGAACAAAUGAUCAAUGUGCAGAAUAAGAACUCCUCAUACUUCGUUGAGUGGAUCCCCAACAACGUGAAGUCCAGUGUGUGUGACAUCCCACCCAAGAAUCUGAAGAUGGCAUGCACUUUCAUCGGUAACUCGACAUCGAUUCAAGAGAUGUUCAGGAGAGUGAGCGAGCAGUUCACUGCAAUGUUCCGCCGAAAAGCUUUCUUGCACUGGUACACAGGUGAGGGAAUGGACGAGAUGGAGUUCACAGAGGCAGAGAGCAACAUGAACGAUUUAGUGGCAGAGUACCAGCAAUACCAGGAUGCAACUGUGGAGGAGGAUGAGGAGGAGUAUGGUGAAGAGGGUGAAGAACAGGUUUAUGAGGAGCAGUAGUAGCUGAACCAAAACCAAAAAACCAACUUUGGUAAUGGUAAGCAACUUGCUUGUGUUUGUUUUACCAGAUUUGCCAUGUGUGUAAUUUGUGACCAAUAUGUGUACUUGUUCCUUCUUGUUAUCUGCUUUAUUUUCAGCGUAUGCCAUGCCCUUGAUAUUGGUAAUUUUGUAUUGUUACCCUUGAGACAACAUUUUUGUUGAUUGCUGCAUAUUGUGUUCUAUUAUAAAUGUACGAAUGACAAAGGAGGCUGUUUGUUUCUUUUUCUAUUUUA